AUGGAACCAGGAAAUAGAGGUGCAAAUGUAUGUCUAGUGUGUCGACGUUUGAGAAGAAGAUGUAGUGAUGAUUGUGAAAUUGGCCAAUACUUUCCAUCAAAUAGGAGUGAUGAUUUCCAUAGUGCCGUAAGUCUUUUUGGAUUAACUAACCUUAGGAGAAUCAUGGGAUCAGUAGAAGAACAUCAAAGACAAACUCUUGCAAACUCAAUUCUCUUGGAAGGUAAAGCUUGGAGACUUUAUCCAGGUAGAGGAUUGUUGGGAUAUGAGUUGGAGUUGGAUGCUCAAAUUUCUUCUAAUUUGAGUGAAGUAGAAACUGCUGAGAGGUUUUUGGCAUAUUUUAAGGAUCAAACAAAUCCAAAUAAUGAAAGAGGAGAAUCAAGCAAUGAUGCAUUCAAAAGAAAUGAAGUUGUUGAAGAGAAAGAGUUAAAGAAAGAUGAAAAGGGAAAACAAGCCAUCAUUGAAUAA